UCCACAAACACUGACACACGCACGCACGCACACACACUUAACACUUUUCCAACUAUGGAGCUUGAGCUAAGUCUUUCACCCCCGAAUCAAACCAGACACCCCAUCAAGAAAACCUUCAAUGGCGGAUGCUCAGUAACAAGGUUUCCUCUGGUUUCUUGGAAUCAUAAAGAAGAUGAUGAUGAACAAUCCAAUGGUUUCUACACCGGUGACUAUCAACAGGAUCAUUUGGAUGAGGAUGAAGAAGGUUUAACUGGAUGGCCGCCAUUGCAUUCAUGGAGGAGAAGAUUGAUGGAAGAAAACCACUAUGAAAGAGUAGAUCAAUUUAACAGGCGGGUAGAUGAAGAAGGUGAACAUAUGAAUGUGAUGAACAACAACAACUACAAUGAAUUGUUUGUGAAGGUGAAGAUGGAAGGAGUUGGAAUUGCAAGAAAGAUUGAUUUGAAUGCUUUUCAUUCCUUUGAAAUGCUUACAACCGCAUUAAUUCACAUGUUUAACAAAUCUGUUGAAAUUGAGGAAGGUGUAAGUUACAAGCUUAUGUACCAACAUAGAGACGGCCAUUGGCAUCUUGGAGGAGACCUACCAUGGGAAAUGUUCGUUCGGUCGGUAAAACGUAUACAAAUGGUGAGGAACUAGCUACUUGGUUGAAGAUGGAACAUUGUUAAAAGUAGUUGGAAUCUGUAAUCUAUGUUUUUAAUUUUUAUGUUGAAUUAUUUAAAAUCCUUAUAAUGUAUUACUGAUGAUGCAUGAGUUACAAGUCAAUAUAUAUGUCAAUAUUCGGUCGAAA